AUGGUCAUAGUUAGUCCGCUUAAGAAGAAAUUUGGAGUCAUCCAGGACGGUUCAGUCGGCAUCACACUCGCCGCUCAGACCGUAUAUUUUGCGGGGAAGGUCUACGGGUCCUACGUCCGCUUUCCUGGAGGCAGUAGGGGAAUUGGAUUGGCCCUUGUUGAAGCAAUGGCUGGUCUCGGUAGUGACGUCGCCAUUCUCGACAUUAUGGAGCCUCAGGUGGAUAUAGAAAAGCUGCAGAGCCAGUACAACACUCACAUAAAACACUUCAAGCGGGGCAGAACCGAUGUAACGCAAAAGGGGAGCUUGGAGAAUGCGUUUUCUGCAGCAACAAAAGAGCUUGGCCAUAUCGACAACUGCGUAACUGCAGCGGGCCUUGCAUUGGACAAACCCUUCCUAGAAUAUGGGUGGGAGGAAUCCCGGCGCAUACUUGAUGUCAAUGGGAACGGCGGCUCCAUCGUCAUGAUCUCAUCCAUGGCAGGCCACUGUGCUAUGCCAUCGCAGCGGGUUUCCAUCUAUGGUGCAUCGAAGGCAGCAAUUAAGUUGCUUGGGAAAGCCCUGGGGGUUGAGAUGGCACCUCACAACAUUAGGGUCAAUACGCUCUCUCCAGGAUACAUUACUGAUGGAAUCGAUGGGGAGUUCAGCGACCUUGAGGGGAUUGUUUAUCGGAUUUCGCCCAUGGGGCGUAUCGGCCAGCGGGACGAUCUCACGAUGGCAGUAGCGUACCUGUUGAGUGAAGGGGCUUCGUACACCACAGGGGCAGACAUAGCCGUCACUGGAGGCUUGCACAAUGGUAGAAUAGAACUCUGA